AUGUUUUUCACUAAGCUUUUCGCUCUCGCUGUCGCUCUUUCUGUCGUGCCUUUGUCCGUUGUAAGCGCCCAGGGCACUGACGACUGUCCGGAGAUUCCAGAGACCGGGAUUACUAUCGGUGACCCGGUCCCGAUCCGGCCGGGGGAUAUUCCAGCUGGCUGUUCUGACUUCGAGAUUCUCGUUGCUCGAGGAACGAGUGAGCCCAACUUUGCUAGCGGCGGCGGCAAAUUCGGCAUCAUUGUCGGCGACCCAGUCGUCAGCAAUGUGACUGUCGCCCUGUCUGGUGCUAGAGGAUACCCUGUUCAAUAUCCGGCCAGCUCGCAAAUCAUCUCCGGCGUCCGUCAGGGUUCCAACGACGUUGUCAACCGUCUCAAGUCUCAGGCUGCUGCCUGUCCCAAUCAGACCUUCUCUCUGAUCGGGUACUCUCAGGGCGCGGCUGUGAUGCACGCCGCUGCAGCCGACAUCCCGGCCGAGCUAUACGGUCGGAUCAAAUCUCUGGUAAUGUUCGGGGAUGGAUAUUUGAAGCUCGCAGCCAGCCUAAGCAAAUUCCCUGCCGGAUUAGAUGACAAAGUGAAUCAGGUCUGUGCAGCUGGUGAUCCGGUUUGCGAUCCUGACGGCACCUGUACAUUCUUCCACCUGACUUACAUACGUCCUGAGUUCAUCGACCCUGCCGUCGAUUUCAUCGUCCAGAAGUUCACUCAGUAA